AGGGGCUAUUUGAUUCACUCUGCAGAGGCUCUCUAUCGGACGAUCAAUAAAGCCCUAUACAAGAGAAACAACUACCUUUUCAUGCUCAGUUAUCGAGGCUCUCUUUAGCUUUGGUUUCAAAAAGCAAGACGCCAGUGUCUCUCCCUAUAAAACCCUCAAAAUACCAGGGAUAAGGAGUCUCCCUUUUUUCUACUAUAUGCGUCAAGGCGAAUUUUAAUAGGCUCAGUUUGUUAAACCCUCGACAAGAAGGCUUUUCUCUUUGUUUUUUCCCCCCAAUCUAUUUGCUUUCUCCUCUGGGUAUGUGUGAAAACAUUCUACUCUGCGGAAUCAAAAUGGUUUGCAGAGAGUGAAGGCUGUAGUGAUGGGUUUCUGGGUAUUGUUAUAGCAUCGAAGAUGUUUUCUGUACGGGAUUUUUGGAGAAGGCAUAGGAGGAAGAUUUUUGUUUCAGUUGGGGUUUUUGGAAGUGGGUAUCUCCUGUAUAAGCUUUAUGAUGCUCACAGACGUAGACUCGAUGAUCUGGAGAGAGAACUUGCUGUGCAGCGUGAAAAUGAGGAACUCAUUAAGGCCCAAAUGCAAGCCCAUUUUGAAAGCAUUCAAAGAAUAGCUGAUACAACAACUUUGCCACAUUCAAUGCUCUAUUUGAGUGGUCGGAUAGCAGAAGAGUUGGAUCUUUCACACCUGACGGAAAGACUAAUGAAAGGGAAGGGCCAGCCAAACACUCUAACUCCCUCAGAGAAACUUGAGCUAUGGGAUAGACUCAAAAUUCUAAGUUUUACAAGAAUGGUAUUGUCACUGUGGGCAAUGACAAUGCUUAGCUUAUAUAUUAGAGUUCAAGUCAACAUAUUAGGGAGACAUUUAUAUAUCGACACUGCACGGGGUGGUGGAAGCUCUCAUCUACUUGAGGAAGCUGAUCCCAUUGAUAGGCAUGACCAGCAAAAGUUUCUGGCAAGUGCUGAUUUUCUUUCUAAUUAUAGUAUUCCUGCUUUGAUUUCUAAUAUGCAUGCAGCAGCAGCAGAAGUUCUUAAGGGAAAGCAGUUGAGGGAUGUUUUCAACAGUAUGGUACUGCAUGGAACUAUUAUGCAGAUACUAGACCUGUUCAUUAGCACAGGGAAACCCCAUAAUUUGGUGGACUACUUGAUGCCAGAUGACACCAAAUCCUACAAACCGGCAUCACCCUCCAAUGGUGACAGCUCAACUCCUGCAGAUGUCACCAAAUUUGACCAACUUAUGGUGGAGACACGUGCUGUGUUAUCAAGUGCUGAAUUCAUAAAUGUUAUCGACGUAUCACUGAGAACGGUGGUGGAUGCAGUGGUGGAGGACAUGAUGGGUUCAGCUGGAGGAGGCAGUCCAUCAUCAGGGAUGGUGCUGGCCAAACUUCUGCCACGAGUUGCCCAGAUGGGUCCUUUGCUGCUGGAAGAACCCUCCAAAAACAGGUUCAUCCAAAUUAUCCAAAAGGCACCAGAAGUUGAAUUCUUUUUCACACUUCUGUAUGCAAACAUGCCGACCUUAUGAUAGGGCUAGUGAAUGGAAAGAAUGGGUUGUAUUUUUAUGAGACAUUUAAACUUCCAUGGAAGGGAGGCCAUGAAUGUAAAGAAUCUCAAGGUGCUUGGCUUGGCCUGUCCUUGUCCAAAGUUGAAUCACUUUGGAAACAAUAAGAGCGAAUUUAUUUGAAGAUCA